AUGUUCGCAUCCGCACAAGCGCAUCAGGCGUGGCGCGCCCUCACCCUCGCCCUCGUCAGCAUGCUCGUUUGGUGCUCGCCUUCAGCACUCGCGAGCCCAACAUACGCACCGCUCGAGUCUCGCUCCCAAUCUCCCUUCCUCUCACCCGGCGCCUCCACCGAAAACUACGAUGCCGCCGGCGUGCAACGGGUCAACGUCACCCUCGCCGUCAUGUCGCGAUGUCCGGACGCCCUGGCAUGCGAGGCCGCCUUCGACAAGGUCUUGGACCGCGUAAACGCAAAGACCCGCCUCACCAUGACCUACAUCGGCACUCCCGACAACGACAAGCGCCAACACAGGUACGGCGCCGUCUGCAAGCACGGCGAACAAGAGUGUGCCGGAAACGUACAGCAACUCUGCGUCCAGGACGCGCUCAACCCCGUACGCGCUGGCGAAGACUUUGACCUCAGCCCCAGCGCCGCUCAGAAGAAAUGGUGGAACUUCCUCCAGUGCCAGAACUACGCCGGACUCGCCAAAAUCGGCGACGAAGAUCUCGCACAGCGAUGCCUCCGCCUCAUCGAUGGCCCCGCCUGGCAGAAGGACGGCAUUGCAGACUGCGUCCACGGUAAACACGGCCGUAAAUUGCUUCAGCGCAGCGUCAAAGCCUCCCAACGCGCCAACACCGGCACCUCGUGCACCAUCGUCUUUGAAAGUGGAAAGCGCUGCAUCCGCGACGGAGGCGCUUGGAAAAAUUGCGACCUCGGUCACGAACCCGCCGACUUUGUCGCAGAGAUCGAACGCAUCUGGUCCGACAAAAACGCAAAGGCAAAGCUCGACCAAUCUUCCAGCCCGCUCGCUAGCCAAACCAUCCCGCAACCUCCAAGCAGACUCAACAAGCGACAGUCCUCUACCUCCUCGGCACCUCCCACCCAGACCGACUACAACAAUCCUUUCGCAGGCUCGCGUACUCCGCCUAGCGUAUUCGUAAGUUCCAUCAAAGACCGCACUUCCCUCCCACACAACGCCUCUACCUCCGAUCCACGCCAGCUGCCACUCUUGGCGCCCGCUCUCGUACAGCCCGCAGUGCAGGCUCUUGCCACUCUGGCCCCUUGUUCACCAGCUCAUCAUGUCCAUCCUCUAACCAUGCUACCUCGUCCUUUGUCGCACCCGCACCCCCUUGCCUCCACGCCCCACUUUCGCGAUGCAGACCCUGAUCAUUGCUCCUCCAACCCUUUCCCGUUCUCAGGUCCUAACCUUCCCGUUCCCUUCCUCGCCUUCGCCGUAACAGCCAUCGCCCUCUUUGUCAUCGUCGUCUGCUUCGUACUCUUGAGGAUCGUCAUGCGCAACCGCCGCCUACGUCGACUCGGCCUGCUUCCCGACGGCCCCUUCGACCGUCUCCUCGGACCAACAAGAGAGAUCGAAGACACCCUGCCCCCGCCCAAGCUGCUCGAGGCCCGCAUCGCUCACGACUUCCGCCCCACUGCCCUCGACGCCGAUGUCAAGGCUCGCGGCUGGGACGCCGUCAUGCCCAUCUCGGCCGCAGUCCCACCCGUCCUCUACUCGGACCUUUUCCCCAACAACGCCAAAUCCAAAGGUCAAGACAACACCACCAACACUGCCAACGGUCAAGUGCCAGGCGAGGGACAGGCCGCUGACGGCGCAGCCAGCCACUCGUAUCCGCCAACCUCGGCAUCCUCGGGCGGAUUGACGCGUCGUCUGCACGUCCCGUCGUUCCUCCGUCGCAAUGGCGACGCAAGUCACGCCAGCGAAGGCGCAGAUGACAGCAGCCAUGGCGCUCUCAACGAAUCAGGCGCAGGCGUCGCCGAUGGAGACUCUAAGCGUGCGCUUCCCGACACCAGCACUCCAGCCUCGGUCAACGUCACCGUCCUCAUCGCCAUGCCGUCGCAGCGCACCGUCUUCCCGUCCGCGCACAUCUCCAACAAUGCAUCGGCACUCAAGUCGCAGCGAUCGCUCAAGCUGGAUCCGGCUGCCGCGGCCAAGAUUGACGAGGUGGAGGAAGGCGCCGACGACGCCUCUCGCAGCCUCAGACGCACCGCCAGUAUCAAGAGCUUCCGCACCGCCGCUUCCGCCAAGAGCAUCGGCGACGCGCGUAGGGAGGCCUUCUUCAACAAGAUGAAUCAGGACGAGGGGAACACGGCCAACGCGGCCGACAUCCACAACACGCAUCUUGACGAUGAAGACGAGGAGGAACUGCCAGAACUCGUGUUUGGAACCGCCAGCGUACCCAUCUUCACUCGCAUCCACGGUUCCGCAGCCGGACGCGAGCCUUUUGCUGGCACGUCGGAAGCCUACCAGCCGCUUCGAUCCGAACUCAUGCGCCUCGUCACGAACGCGCACGAGGCGCGCGAGCGCAAGGCUGCUAUGGAGGCCGCUGCCAAACAGGCCGAGAAGGACGCGUCCAACGAAGACGACGGUCAGACCACCAUCGACGCGCGGUCCACAACCCAAGGCGGCGUUGCGGCCAAUGCCCGAAAUGCGGAUGGCACCACCAAUGGCCCUCGUGUCAGCGGCAGCGAAACGAUCGAUAGCGAGACCGCUGCUGUCAUCGGGGCUCCGGGCUUGUCCACAGUCCCUGCUGCAGCUCAUCAGGAAGGGCUUGGCGACGUGGUGACACGAAUGAUGAUGCCCGAGCCCAUGGUGACACAGCACGGCAACGUCGCGCUGGGAGCAGACCCCGUGCCUGCAUCUGCCAUCAAUGGUCCGUUGACGCGCUUCUCGGAAGACCCGCGACCUAGUAUCGGUGUCAAUUCGAACCUGUCUCGCGACGAGAUGACUACUCCUGCGCCUGGCGAUGGUCCCGGCGGCUACAACACGUCGACACUCACGCUUGAUCCGUUGCUCGGCGACCGUGCCGGCACUUACGGCGGCGCAGACCAACACACCGCCGCUGCUGCAACGAGGACAUCGUCCUAA